AUGACGCUACUAGACGAACAAUUAAAAAGAAUAGAAGAUGGCACUAAAUUGCUACAAUCUUAUUAUUUCCAGGAUCAAGGAAUGUUUACAAAUUCAAUAAUAAACGAAACACCAACAUCUUUUCUACAAGAUUCAACUCCCGAUGAAAGACAAUUGUAUAAAGUGGUAUAUAAAAGCUAUAAUCAAAACGGUCAAAAACAAAGCAACAAUUAUUAUGAUAUAAACCCCAACGGUGAAGAUCCAGUAAUAGAGAGAGUUGAUGGUAAGUCGAUAUAUAAAGAGAUUGUACCAGAAGAUGAAGAAUCGGAAGAAGAAUAUGAUAGUGAAUAUAAUAAUAAUUAUGACAAACCAAUGGUAAGAGUACCCGAAUUAUACAAUAGCGACAUAAAUGAUUCAAACUCUAAAAGUAAUUCAUUUUUCUCAAUAAACUUUUCAUCAAGAAACUUACAAGAUCAAAUUAAAGAAUUAAUACAAACGGUAGAUGAAUAUCCAGAUUUAAUUUUAAAUUAUCAAUCCUUAAAAGAGAAAUGUGGAAUUUUGAAACAGAAUUAUAUAACUUCUAUGAACGAAAUUGAAGAAAUUGAAGAUGAAAUUGUGGUAUUGGAAGAUGCAUUACAAGAAAAUCACAAUAAAAAUGUCUUGAAUAUUGAUGAAUUACUACAGAUGGAAGAAGAUGAAAUAGAAAACUUGCAGCAUGCAUUGGAGGAUAGAAGCUAG